UCGACGUCUAUCGUGUGAAACGGGAGUGCGGGGCGAGGAAAAACAAAAUGGUGUGCGCUUGUUUUUGACACAAUGUUGCGCUAAAGGCUUCGCGGUACGUGAAAAAGAAAAAUAUUGCGGAAAAAUCAAUUUCCGCCCGUGCGAAAGUAUUUCCGAUCGCAAGUGCAAUUUGGGCCGCGCCGCCGGGAUGUGAAUUUCAGAGCGUAAUCGUGAAAAUAACUGCGAAAAAUCGGAAGAUCAUACUGCGGUGACUUAUAUAUUGACCGAGAUUAAAAAAACACAAAUUAUCGAUUGCAAAAAAAAACUCAUCCUCGAUAGACCGCCCAUUCGAUACAUUUUCGAAUAGGAUUCAAAUAGAACACUUCCACUCCCACCACGGUUGACGAUUGCCCAUAAUGGACGAAAGCAGCGAUCGACCUCCGUCGACCGAUCAGCCAGUUCAGGAGCCAGCACAAUCGGCAGCGGAUGCUGUGGAUUCUGCUGGCGCUGGUACUGGACCUGCCACCGAAGAAGAAUCUCAAGAGUCUUCUUCAGUAGCCGGUACGGACGAGGUCGAAGGCCAACGGGUUGCCGCUGUUGAAGAGUCGCAAGACGAGGUCGCUGCUGAAGCUUCCACAGAAACGCCGGAAGAAGCAAUGGACGUGGAUGGUGGCGAGAAGAAGCAAAGUGACGGUAACGAUGAUGGGGACAGUUUUGCACCCACGCUGGAGACGGUCCAGGAGAAAGGCGAAAGUCAGAGCGUCGAUACAGAAGAAGCCCCCGUGAAGGAAGACGAUGCUAGUCGGCCGCAAAGUGCUGCUGGUGGCGACAGGGUAAACGAGAGUGAGCUUCUCGACGAUAUUGAGAUGACCAAUGUGGAGGAAACCCAACAUCGCGAGGGCGAAGACGGAGCGGAACCAAUGGACGAGACCGACAAGUCUCACGAUCAGUCGACUACCUUGGAUCCGUUCGAUCAGAUUAAGCAUGCGGAGCAAUCGAAGGACGAGUCUUCAAUACAGAACGAAAGCAGUGUGGCGGGAGAUGAGGUGGAUUCAACCGUAGUAACCACCACCGAAGCGGAUGAGUCAACCCAAGUGAACGAAUCGUCGGCGAUGGACGCAUCGGCAAACGAUGACGCCGAUCACGUAGAUGAAAGUGUAGCAGAAGAAGGAGUCGACGAGCUGACGGAAGGCGAAGGUGUUGAUGAAAACGUGUGUCUUCUGCCGGACGAUGAACGGGAGUUAUCGGAUGCAGAUAAAGAGCGAGCUCGCGUCGCUCGUGAAGCAGCUGAGGAGUCGGAGAAAAGUCAAGACGGUAUGGAUGCUGCGCCAGCAGAAGGUGAGACCGAAGGCGAAAAAGAAGCUGCUGCAGCUGAAAAAGAGCCCACUGAAGAUGAAACAUCAAAGAAUAAGGACAAACCCGAUGGAGAGGAACCACCGGUAGAAACCCAGACUGAUAAAGAACCACCGACGACGGAGGAAGCAGAAGUUCGGUUAGAAGCCGGAGCCGAACAAACGGAUGACGUUGAGUUGGAACAGGACCAUGCAGCUGAUGCCCCACCGCAGGUCAACCAAAUCCGCGAGGUUCCGGAGCCGAUGGAGCAGACUUGCCUGAAGUGUAGCGAAUCGAAGGUCUGCGAGUACAGUUUGAUCCAAGAGGACGGAGAAGAGGCCAAAUUCAUCUGCUCGUUCGACUGCGUCCAGUCGAUGCGAACGGAAAACCCGGGCCAGUAUGAGCUGAUCCAGAAGCGAGUUGGAAUUGUGCAGAUCUUCGACUGUCAAGAAGCGUGUUCCCGAUGUGAGAAGACGACGACAUGCAAAUAUCGAUAUCAGACUGGGAAGAGUGGUGACGAGGGCCGAUAUAAGUACCUUUGCGAUAUGAAAUGCGUAGAACAUCUUACGACGAUCAACGGGGAGAAAUAUGUGCUGAAGAGGAAACGCUAUCUGAUUGAUGAAAAGGCCGCAAGUGAAACGAAAAAAUGUAUCCAAUGCAAUGAUGUCAAGGAGUGCAAAUACUUCUUUCAGCAAGACGAUGACGAGUUGUUCAUUUGUCACGAAGAUUGUCUGAAUCUGUUGAUGACGGAACAUCAGGAUCUGUUCCGGUUGAAGCGGAGAUCGGUGCGGGUGAGGGAUCUUCCCAAGAGAGUUCCGAAUGAGCCAGAGCAACCCCAAGAGCCAGCCAAGGCGGUAGCCAGAACGGAAGAAGAAGCCGAGCAUGCUCGGUUAGAUCGAGAGGCCAGCUUCAUGCGACGAUGCGCGCAAUGUUUCCAGCUGAUCUCACAACUCACAGAGAAGACACUCCAAUGGGAGACUAUGGACUUUUGUAAUGAGAAAUGUCUAGGCGUUUAUCAAAACUCAGUUGGUUCAAACUGUGCCAUGUGCAACAAUUCAGUAUCGGUGACUAGCUUAGGUAAAUACUGUGUCCGUUUUGGAUUCGAUAUUCGGCAAUUUUGUCGCUCUAGUUGUCUGGAUCAAUACAAGAAAAAUUUGAAGGCCUGUUCUUACUGUCAACGAGACAUAACUGUUGGGGAGCUCGGAUUUUUGGCACCGGUCGGCGAUAAAGGCCUGUUCAAAGAUUUUUGUACUCAGGUUUGCUUGAAGAAAUACGAAGAAGUCCUCGAUCCAAGUAAAAGACAGGUGCCUCAUGUAUGUGCAGUUUGUAAUCAUGAGAAAGUCGCAAAGAUCAACGUCAUGCUCGACAACAGAGAACAUUUCUUCUGUAGUACCCCGUGCUUCUCUGCGUUCAAGUUCGUCAACAAUGUUUGUCCAGACGAAUGUGCCAUGUGCAAGGUCUUCUUCGAGCGAAAAUCUAGUGAUUCAUUCACUAUUUUUACAUCCGACCGUGAAUCCGAUAAUGUUCCAUUCUGCUCCAGAAUAUGUAUGAAUCUCUACAUUAUAACUAACAGAAAGAUUGUGUCCUGUAAUUGGUGUAAAGUGAAAAAGUACAAUUUCGACAUGAUCCAGAAAAUGAUUGGAAACACAGCCAUGUGUUCGCUGAAUUGUCUCACCUUGUGUGAAGUGUCAGUCAACGCCCUCUCGAUGAAGCAGGUCCACUGCGAUCACUGUAAGUUGCUAAAAACUCCGCAGUACCACUUGACGAUGAGUGACGCCAGCGUGCGAAAUUUUUGCACCUACCAAUGUGUUAUGUCGUUCCAAAGCCAGUUCAACAAAACUCCGUUAACGAUUGACUCCGAAGAAACUCGCAACAAUCCUGUCCCCACUGGAUUGCCGAAGCGUGUCAAAAAGACCGCUAUGCUCCCCGGAGUAACUUUGCCGGCGUCAGUUGCUUCAAGCCCACAUUCAUCGACAAGAAAAACUGGAAGACCGCCACGUACGGCAGCGGCUGUUGCCAAUGCGGUUAUGUCAUCUACGGAUCUCCCGGUAAUAGCAUCUGUACAAUCGUUGGCCGGACACAUCAACGCAGCUGCCAACCGGUCCACGCGAUCAAAGGGUGGACGACCGCCAAGCACUGCUACUCCGACGCGUUCGUCAAAUGCGAAUAUGCCCGAGUUGAGGGUAUCGUUGGAACCAUUGAGCGUCCAGUUGAAUACAGCUCCACAGAAGAGGUACGAACCACCGCCGCCACCCCCUCCACCGAAAGUGGAGUUGAAGACGCAGAUUGUCACGAUUCCCCCGACACCUGUUCCGGUUGCAAACGCUGGUACCAUGUGUAAACCGAUGCAACAAUCAAAAGCGGUUAGUUGUAGGCCUGUUCAGUGCAACGUUGAGUGUCAAACAGAGGAAUGGUUACAGAGGAAAAUCGUUAUACCAAUUCCAGUUCCAAUCUACGUUCCAUCUCCCAUGCAUAUGUUCUCUUUGCCGACUCCCGUCCCAAUUCCCUUUCCCCUUCCUAUUCCUGUUCCCGUAUUCAUACCGACAACGCGCAACUCCGCCAACGGCAUCAUGAAGGAAAUCAAGAAGAUUCAGGACAAAAUGCCUACCGAUCCGUACGAAGCCGAACUGCUUAUGAUGGCCGAAAUGGUUGCCGGCGACAAGAAAAAGGACGACGACGAUUCCGAUUCGGAUGAUGCGGCUGCCGACGAGCAGUUUACCGCCAAUUCCGUCGCCAUGGAGAACAACACCUCCUUCAACGAAGAUCUGGUCCAGAUGGCUCUCAAGAUGGCGUCAAAUGAUUUCGAAGAGCCUGCCGUCGACCUGGAGUCCGCUAUGCAGGCCAACACAAUUGCACAACAACAGGCGGCCGCCGCUGCCCACCAUGGCUACGGACAUGACGAUGGUUCCCAGCAGCAGCUGCAUCAUCAUCAGCUAAUGAUGCUGGAACAGCAAAGGCAAACAACACCCGCUCCCCAGCGAGGCGGACGCAAACGAGCACCGGCCACACCCCGAACGAACAACAACAAUCGGCAACAAAUUUCGCCCAACAAACGCAUCAAACGAGAACAGAUCAGCGAACCCUCGCCGGAACCGCCAAGGGAACCUGUCGAGAAACCGGACGCCAACAUGUGUCUCAAGUACACGUUCGGUGUAAACGCAUGGAAACAGUGGGUCUUGACCAAGAACGCCGAUCUCGAAAAGAGCACUAUCCGACGAAAACCAUUCAAAUCAGAAAUUCUUCAGCUGACGGCCGACGAACUGAACUAUUCGCUUUGUCUGUUCGUAAAAGAGGUCCGGAAACCGAACGGAACGGAGUACGCUCCCGAUACGAUAUACUAUUUGGUGUUAGGUAUUCAACAGUAUCUAUUUGAGAACGGUCGAAUAGACAACAUUUUCACCGAUCCCUACUAUGAGCGCUUCACGGAUUGUUUAGAUGAAGUGGCCAAGAAAUUCUCCGUGCUGUACAACGAUUCCCAAUACAUUGUAACCCGUGUAGAAGAGGAACACCUCUGGGAGUGUAAACAAUUGGGAGCACACUCGCCACAUGUGCUACUCAGCACACUAAUGUUCUUCAACACGAAACACUUUAACUUGACGACUGUUGAAGAACACAUGGAGCUCAGUUUCUCGCACAUCAUGAAACACUGGAAGCGGAAUCCCAAUCAGGGUGGGGCUAAAAUGCCUGGAUCGCGGAAUGUUUUGCUACGAUUCUAUCCUCCACAGUCGUCACUGGCCGCCAAUGCGAGAAAGAAGAAAGUCUACGAACAGCAGGAAAAUGAGGAAAAUCCACUACGGUGUCCGGUGAAGCUGUACGAGUUCUAUCUUUCAAAAUGCCCGGAAAGCGUGAAGACCCGCAAUGACGUAUUCUACCUGCAACCGGAACGAUCCUGUGUGCCGGAUUCACCCGUCUGGUACUCGACGCAAGCCCUCAGCAAGGAUGCCCUCAGCAAAAUGUUGCACAGGGUUAAGAUGGUGAAGGAAAUCAACAUCGCCUUACUCACCAGCUAAUGAAACGAGUCCCAAGAUGACGAGGACAGUGCUAGCUGCAACAACAGCACUAACCACAACCUAAUCAACACCACCAUUAACAAUUCCGCCAUUAGCAGUGCCGCUACGGUGGCCAAUUUUUGCUCGAUGAAUCACGUUGCCAAUGCGCUCAGUUCUCUUCCCUUCCGCAGUCUGCAGACGUCACUUCAGCAGCUGCAGCAGCAGCAACAACAACAACAGCAAGGCAGCAAUGGUGGGUCCCAAACGGUGAACUCAACAUCCGCAUCCUCAUCGACCGGUGGUAAUUCUUCUUCCUCUUCCACUAGCGCAGCAAACGCGGUGGUAACCGGAUCAGGAGGUCAACAGCAGCCAUCAAGUUUUAUGGCCAAUAACACGACCCAUCCUCCACCACCACCGGAUUACGAUUACUACUACAAUGACUACUACCGUCGCUGGAGCGGGAUCAUGAACUUUCAUCGCUGAUCGGGAGGACGCUUUGUGGACGUUGUUGGCUAGGGCUGGACUACUCUCGUCAAAAAUACUUUUAACGUACCGAAAGGUAAAAUUACAAUCGUUGUCCUAUAGGAGAAAGUUCAAAAGUUUUCAGGAAUGAUCCAAAUUCGUCAGGUGCAAAGCACCGUUCUCCGCCGCACGGUAAAAAGCAAAACUGCAGAAUAAUGAGUUUCUUUUGAAUCCCCUUAUGCGACUCAAAUUUAUUGACUAUUUUGUUGUUAUUCGAUUUAGAGCACACAUUUAUUUACCCGGUCAGAAAGCAGUAAGAAUUUCGUUUUCUCCCUUUACUUAUAUAAGUGCUAUUUUAAGUUUUAUUUCAAGCGAGAGGAUCACGAGUCUUUGUAAAUAUUACUUUAGUCUUGCUUGAAGAUAGUGACACAUCUACAACAGCAUUCGCGCGAGAAUGAAACAAAAUUUGGAUUCAAGAAGUGCAAACAAACAAUUUUAGAACAAUAGAAACAAACAGGCAAACACAUUCAAGCAUUCAAGAAUUCAACCCAUUAGUGUAUGCGUCUAAUAAAUAGAGAAGUAACUAAUGAAAUAUUGCACACACUUUACUGUUUAGAAAUCUUAAAACGGAGAGGUUGUUUGAUUACUUCGAAAUGUAAGUCGAACACACUCAGCGUGAGCCGCUGGAUCCGUCGGUUCAUCCUCCUACUUAAGGUUUGGUUUUAUUUUGCCGGUCCCAAUCCAAGUAUGUAUGGCGAACGUAGUCAGAGAGAUGUAUAAGCGUUAUCGAGUGUGAAAUAUCAAAUAUUAAGCGACUUAGCUAUGUUCGUUGCAGUAUAGAAUCAGGCAAAUAACAGAGAGAAGCAUAUUUUUUUCAAUGUAAAAUACUACCGAUAAGACACAAAUCACACAUACACACAGAUACUGGCAAACAAUGAUAAGCAAAAUAUAAUUCUAUUUGGUCAAAAAGCAUACAGAUUAGAAAUAAAGAAAACAGAAAGUAAUUGGAAGUA